GUAGAAUGAUAGGUUAGCAGAAAUCAAUCUUUCCCUUUCUCCCUCUCCUGCUUCUACCGUGUAGACUCUGCAAUCUUCCUCUACUGCUUUUUUGUUUGCCUCUGAUGUCAUCUGCAGCUACCCUUCCCUGAGCUAUGCUCUUUCCCCUCCUCUACGCUCUGCUCGACCCUCUCCUGCUUCUACCGUGUAGGGUCUGCUCGUCCCUCUACUCCUUUUCCGUUUUCGACGGCGUUCUGCAGCUACCCUUCCCUCAGCUAUGCGCUUUCCUCUACUCUUCUCGUCCCUAUGGACAUCACUUUACAGCCGCAGCCACUCUUACGAGAUAUACAACAAAGACUUCAAGCAUCAGGGUCUUUACUUCAGCAAAAUGCUUCUGAUCAAAACAAAAAAUUAUAUGAAUCUCAAAGAGCUUUUCCAGAAUCAUCAACAACUUCUUUGGAUUCUACAGCACAGAUUGCACAACCAAGUGGGGCUGAUUGGCGAGAAGAAGUGUACCAAAAGAUCCAAACCAUAAAAGAAAAUUACUUCACAGAGAUGAACGAAGUGUACCAGAAAGUUGCUUUGAGACUUCAGCAGGUUUUUCAAUGUCAAAUGACUUAUUGAGUACUGACUCUGAAAAGUGAGGUGCUCACACACUACCCUCUCCUUCUUAGUUUUACAAUCAGCUGUGCAUGAAGGAAAUUUGAUGGCUCAGGAAGUUGGAGCAAUGGCCCUCUUCAACCUUGCUUUGAAAAACAAUAGAUCCUUCAUUAAUGGGAACAUGUUUGAAACAUUUUAAUAAUGGAAACACAAAUGGAUCAAAUUAUGCUGAAGUUGGAAAUGAGUAAGAGGUUGUUGACACAUGGUGGUGAAUGAGAAUUCGGAUUGUGAUGAAGGCAGCAAGGAGUGACAGAAGGCAUAGAGGUUUUCUGGGCUACUGGACGUGAUACAAGCAGGACUGAUCAGACUUGGCUGGGCUGCUGGACGUGGUACAAGCAGGACUGAUAACACUCAGUGUGCAAUUUGAUUGAUCUGAGGAAGGCUUUAGAAGUUGCAGCUGCUAUGAUUGUUACUCUGGUGUUGCUUUGUUAAGAUUAGUUUGUACAUACUCACUUUGUUUGUACAAGAUUUAGUUUCAAUAUUUAAAAAAAAUGUUGGUGUACAAGAUUUAGUUUCAAUAUUUAAAAAAAAAUGAAGGAACGUUGGAUUUGGUUUGAGGAAAGCAGAAAGAUAUGGUUCUAAUAAAUUAUUGUACCUGAUUGAUGUUGGGAAUUCA